GAGUUGGGAUGAGACGGCUGAAAGCUGAAGUUUGUGUUUUAGUCCUUGUUUAGUUCUAUUGCUGCUCAGUGGGGCCCUAUCAGGUUUAGCCUUUCUAACAGUUUAAGACAUGACUAAGGGACAAGGGUAUCUUGUUUUGUUUUGUUUUGUUUUUCCCCAAGGGGACGAAUGGAGAUGGGAAUAUGAGGAAGGACUUAGCUACUACAGUGAAGAAGCCCUCAGAAAGGUAUAUCCUGAGAAAACCAGGCCAGUUAGCUUUAAACAUCCACCUUUCUGGUGUUCAGACAUGAGCCCUUCUUCCUCCAUACCCACCUCAGUUGAACUGGUUAAGGCAGCAGACAUUAAAGUCAUUGCUGCUCUUGGGGAUUCAUUGACGACUGCUAUUGGAGCAAAUGCAACCACUGUACUUGGUAUACCUAUUGAAUUUCGUCAUGUCUCAUGGAGCAUUGGUGGCCAUGGGACUUUUCAAGAUGUUAUAACACUUGCAAAUCUCCUCAGGCUCUUCAAUCCCAGUGUUGUGGGCCCUGCUCCAUGCAAGACUGUCCAUGGAACUCCAGCUCCAGUUAAUGAGACUGGCUUUAACCUCGCCAUUACUGGGCACAACACCUUUAAUCUACCUGAACAAACUCGACAUCUGAUUGACACCCUGAAAAUAAAUGAGGAUGUUAACUUUGAUGAGGACUGGAAACUGCUCACUAUUCUCAUUGGCAUGAAUGACAUCUGUGAUUACUGCAAAGAUAAGACCCUUUUUUCAGUGGAGAACUUCAUACACUACAUGUCCAUGUCCUUGGAGAUGCUGAUGAAUGAGGUGCCCCGAAUGAUAGUUAAUGUAGUCCAGAUAUUAGCAAUGGAGGGCCUGCGGGAGGUACAGAAGCCCACCCUAGGUUGUCUGCUCCAGAGAUCCUUCUGCUCCUGUCUGGUGAAGCCAGCCUCAGGUUCUGCUGAUCUUAAGGAGCUGAUAGAGGUCAACCUACAAUUCCAGAGUGCUCUGGAACAGCUUCUCAACACUGACCGUUUCUUUAAGAGCGACUUCGCUGUAGUUCUUCAGCCAUUUCUAAAACAUACAGAUCCUCCGCGGCUUUCGAAUGGAAAGAUUGACUUGAGCUUCUUCACCCCUGACUGUUUUCACUUCACCAUGAAAGGACAUGAGGAGCUGGCCAAGGGCCUCUGGAACAACAUGUUUCAACCUGAAGGGGAGAAAUGUAUUGUGGAAAGCUUUUCAAACCCAAUUCAGCUCAUCUGUCCUCCUGUGGACCACCCUUACAUCUAUACUAAACCUAAGGCUGUCAAGGCUGGUUCUCAGCCUGGGAUGCCUGUGUCUACAGGCCUCCACACUACCAUGUUCACCUUAGCGUUCGUUCUCCUCUGGUGGGCCACCAACAUGACCUACUUCUAAAACCUGUAGAUGAAGCAUCAGGGACCAUCGCUGCUAUGGAUCAGCCAUGAGUAAUACCGACCACUGGCACUUUUAGUUUUUCUCUUUUCGAAUGGACUCUCAAAUGAAUCCAGCAAAGAACAAUACAAUGUUAUAUUCACAGCUUAGAAGAAAAGAAAGGAAGGGAAAAAACAUACAAUUGUAUGUGAGAAGUAGUAAUGAGGAAAAGUCGUAGAAUUGUGCAUGUAGAAAAGUCACCACAGCUGAUUUGCUUACUUUUGUGAUAGUCAUCUUCCUGCAAUGAUAAAACAGAACCAUCUGCUUGAGAACAUUGUGUGCACUAACCCAACAAUCUUUCCUGGCCCAUCCAUCCAUCUAUCAUCUAUUUAACUGGAUGUGCUCCAUUUCAGCCCAGGGGCGGCAGCAGGUGCAGACUGCAUUUAGCUUGAGCUAAUGCAGCACUAAUUGAUUUAGUCAGGUAAGGUAAUUGUGUGAGCUAACUGAAGCUCAUCUGAGCAAAAAUGGCCAGAGGUUAGCUUGAAAAUGCAUUAUGGUUGAGAGGUCAAAGGAGCUGACUAUUUAGAGUAAAGUGUAGUGGCUUUUAAGAGUGUGGUUAAAGGCAGGUUGUAUGAAAACUACCUAAUGCUCACAGAAAUUAGAUAAUAGCUUUCAGAUGCUGUAACCUGAGAUGUGCUUUUGGUCUCUACAAAUAAAGCUUUUGGAAC